UUUUAGUUUAGUUUAGAUUGUUUUUGUUUUGCGCAUCUAUUUUAAAUUUAUAAAAUGGAUACAACCGCAUAUUCGCUUGACACUUCUGCUGUGGAGGACGAAGAGCCCCGACUUGGCUACACCUAUCAGCACAUCAAAACAAUGCUGUCGAAUUCUUCGAUCAAAGAUUGGUUUCCGUUUGUGCAGGAAACUUCGGAUGCUAGAGAAUUACUACAUCGUUUUGUGAAGGUUGUGUCUAAGAAAAGUACUCUAAAGCUGGUUCAGGCUCUGGAUCUAUUCACGUUAUCCAUUAUGAUGAUGAAUUACCAAAAAGACAACUUGCUGCUCAUGGAAGAGCGUUUUAUACUUGUAGACACAGUGUGUUAUCGGGCAGAAUCCUUGGACUCAGAAGAGAUUUAUUUCAUUGCACUUGGCUUGUAUGAGAAGUUUGUUGAUGGACUCGGUGAAGAGCGCCUGGAAAAAGUCUUGGACAUACACACGGCCAUUCCCGCCCUAGUAAAGUCAUCUAGAGUGGGUAACGAUAUUUCUGUGGCACUUCUUUUAAUUAUUAUGGAGAAGUAUACGGGUAAACCUGUUAACGCCGUGGUUACCGGAAAUGCACAAAAGGCUUUCGAAAUGGCGAAGACAGUCAAUUGGAAGCAGUUGGCGGAGAGUGGGCGCCACGCGGAUAUGUUCAUGGUUAUCCGAACGUUCAGUCUGAUCAUUAAUUGCCGUCGGACGCGAGAUGAGUGUCCUGAUUGGAAGGCUAAUCUGGGUGCUGAGAUACACAAAUACUUUUUGCAAGUUCGAAAGUCAUUUGAUCAUUCGUCCAUCUAUGGAGCCUUCGAAAUGAUGAUCGAGCGCUUUCUUGCUUAUUGCGUUAUCCGCGGUGCUUCAACAAAUCCUCAAAUAACCAACUUUAAGAUUUCCGAAGAAAGAAACUGAGAAAACCAAAUUAUCUACGUUGGUUAGAUAUAUUAUGUUGUUUAACGUUACACUUUUAUAAUUUUAAGUUGAAUGUUUUAUGUUGGUCAUGAAUUCCAAAUCCCAUACGAAUGUUUUUAGUUUUAAAUAUAAUUCCAUGUUUAAGUUGCAAGUGUUAGUAGCAAAAUAAAU